GAAGUCCUUCUGGAACAUUCAAAUCGUCAUCAUCCUUACCUUUGUAGUCUUCCACUUGGAUGAUUGCGUACAGAUCGAGGCAGAAAAAGUCCUCAUGUCGGUGAUCUGCAGCAGAACAAGACGCGAAACUCACUGCGCACCGCCAUAGUCCUUCUUGUUGAACUUGUCAAUAUCCUGCUCCUUCAAGUUCAUUAUGUUCAACCGAAGCGAGGAAAUCUCCAUCUGCAGACUCUUGUACGUGUUCUUUUCCAAGUACUCAUCCACCAACGGUCGCGACGUCCGCAACGUCCGCCCGCGAGGGCCCCAAAAUUGCGUUGAUCAAAUCCACACAGAAUCGAAACCACUCCUCGACGUCACCCACCAACCGCUCAAAGAUGGCCAUAAUCGUCUUCACGUUGCCCUCGCCAAGAUCUCCAGCAGCACCUGCAUCAUCGACUGGAAGUACAUCUUCUGCAGCUUGUCCGUCGUCAUCGACGGAUCGUACGCCAGCUGCCGGAUGCAGUUGCACAGCGUCGGCGUGUCCGCAAAGCUGCAACAGAGCAACGUUAUUGUAACAGUUUAGAUAGAUUCCCUGAAAAACUCACGUCUUGAUGGAACAUUUCUGCUAGAAAACUAUAAUAAUAUCCAGCUCUGUAAGAACUCUGCUAGAGUCCUGCUAGAACGUCAUGACUGGGCAA